ACAAGAAACAGCCAGCUAAACCGGUUCAUGUCCUGUGUUCAUUUCUUUUACUGUCUGUUCAUGUCAUGCCGGAUACAUUGUAUCUACGCGUUAAACGUACAUGAAAGCCACUAUAAAGUCGUGAUAACGAGUGGGAAACUAGGAAUUUUCUUUAAGCUCCGAGUUGGGGGCGUGUCAUUUCAAGAAACAUGACAUAAUCGAUGGAUGCGACGUCUGUUGUUGACGGUAAUUUUUUUUGUUGAAAUUGAUUGACAGGCUUGCAACAUAACGAUAGGUUUUUAUGCGAUACAGAUUAAAUUGGCUUCAUAAAUUAUUUAAAAAAUUAUUUGCCCCUUCGGCAGUGUUAACAAACCCUGUUGUAUUUUUACAUCGCCAUCUUGAGCCGACUAAACUGACUUGAACGCAGCACACCUUUAACAAACCUUUAACAGUUAUUAAUCAGUUAUUAAUCCAGAGCAGAGUGUUUAAAUGGCAUCAGGAAGUGCACUGAUCUUUGACGAGGAGAUGAGCGAUUAUAAAAUCCUCUGGACAGUUCAAGUCUGUGAGAUCGAGGUUCCUGAGCGGUUGACCGUGUCUUAUGAAGCACUGAAGACUCGCGGCGUAGCAGAGCGGUGCAAACAGGUGCCGGUCCGCUUGGCCACCGAGCAGGAGAUUUUACUGGCACACAGUGAGGAAUAUCUGGAGGCUGUUAAACAGACUUCCAAAAUGAGCGUGAAACAGCUGAAGGCAUUUUCAAAGCAGUACACUGACGUCUAUUUCCAUCAGAACAUCUAUCACUGUGCUACGAUGGCUGUGGGUGCCACACUGCAGCUGGUGGACAGUGUGAUGAAGAGAGAGGUCAGGAACGGCAUGGCACUGGUCAGGCCUCCAGGACACCACAGUCAGCGCUCCGCUGCGAACGGUUUCUGUGUGUUCAAUAAUGUGGCCAUCGCUGCGCUUUAUGCCAAGAAGACCUACAACCUGAACAGGGUUUUGAUUGUGGACUGGGACGUCCAUCAUGGACAGGGCAUCCAGUACUGCUUUGAGGAGGACCCAAGUGUGCUCUAUUUUUCCUGGCAUCGUUACGAGCACCAGACCUUCUGGCCCUAUCUCCCUGAGUCAGACUACACCAGCAUCGGGAAAGGCAAAGGAUCUGGUUUUAACGUGAACCUCCCCUGGAACAAGGUGGGCAUGACGAACAGCGACUAUCUGGCUGCUUUCUUCCAUGUUCUUUUACCCGUAGCGUAUGAGUUUGAUCCUGAGCUGGUUUUGGUCUGUGCUGGUUUUGAUUCAGCCAUCGGGGACCCAGAAGGUGAAAUGUGUGCUCUUCCAGAGAUCUUUGCCCACCUCACCCAGCUGCUAAUGCCUUUGGCUGAAGGCAAAAUAUGCGUCGUCCUGGAGGGAGGGUAUAACCUGACUUCUCUCGCCCAAUCCGUUUGCCAAACCGUCCAGACCCUUCUGGGAGAUCCGGCCCCUCAGCUGUCAGGGCUCACAGCCCCUUGUGAGAGUGCACUAGAAUCUAUCCAAAAUGUUCGCAGCGCUCAAUCAUCAUACUGGAGCUGUUUAAAUCACUUAGAGGCUCAUUCAGGUACGAGCACCAAAAGGCCCAGACUGGAUGAGAAGAACAGCAAAACAAAAGAGACUGAGAAACCUGUGUCAGAGAGCGAUGCAAAGAAGACUGUUGAGUGGCCUGAACCUUUAAUCAGGACAUCUACUGAUGUGCGAACACUCGUAGCGCCCCCUCCUGGUGUGGAGUUCUCACUGCCUGAAGGCUGCCAAAAUCUGGGGGAAGAUUCCCAAAUGACCUCUAAAGAAGUACAAAGUAUCCGGGAUAAAUAUUUCCAAGACGUAACGGACCAAAACAUCCUCAAGCCUCUUGGAAAGAUCAUUUCAGUUCUUGACCAAAUGAUGAAUAGAAAGGUGCGUAACGGAUGCAUCGUAGUGUCUGACUUGAGUUUGUCCGUACGCUGUGCUUAUCAACACGCACUCAUGGGCCUCGCUGAACGGGUGCUGGUUGUUUUUAUCGGAGAUGGGAAUAUACCAGUCAAAACUGAUGACGGGAGGGUGUUUCUAGUCCAAAUCUGUGCUGAAGAAACUGAAGAGAAGUGUGUGAACCGUCUGUCCUUGUGUCUGAGAGAGGGUGAGGGAUUCACGGCAGGAUUUAUGCAGGCGGUUCUGAGCCUGAUCCUCCCUCUGGCGUAUGAGUUCAACCCCGGGCUGGUGCUGGGGGUUGUUGGAGACAGUGGGACUCUUCUGGCUCCAGUCUGGGGUCACCUGAUCGGUCUGCUCCAAGGCCUGGCAGAGGGCCGCACACUCACCCUACUGCAGGGCUGUGACAAAGAUCUGCUGGCGGUUACACUCUCUGCCCUCUCUGGGGCCCCUAUCCCUCCACUCGGGCCCCUGGGAGCUCCCAAUCCUGAAGAUGUUCAGAUGAUGGAGAAGCAGAGACAGAGACUGCAGAAACGCUGGUGUUCGGUGCAGGAGGGAUUGGGUCUGCACAGUGAUACCACAGUUCACUAAAAUAUUUUAUGGAUCAUGUAAUUGAGCAGUUUUGUGAAACAUACAUCACAUAUGUUUAUCUAGAAGUUUGUACAUGAUGAAUUAUAUGUGUUAUGUGACCUUAGAAUGCCUUAAUGUACUCUUGUAUAAAUAAAUUGAUAAUAAUGUGUGUUUGUGCAGUUUCAGAAAGCUGAUGGAAACCUCUGGAAUGUCGAGCGACCUGCAUUUUAAUGUUCAGUUACGGAAAAUAAUCAUUUUUGUACUUUGUACAUUUUGUGUGGCAUUAAAAAUGAACCUGUUACAGUU